GGAAAGAACGUUGAUAAGAAGGAUUGCUUUAAUUUGCAUGUUCGGAUGAGCGCUCACGUUAGUUCACUUUCGAUUAUCAAUAAGAGUGGAGAGUUUAUUUCGAAACACAGUACCGAUUACAAAGUUGGCCCGGUCAAAUCAUUAGACAUGAAACAAAUUAUCGUUCUGGGAGCGGGCGUUAACGGUUUGUGUGCUGCCGUACAGUUGGCGGAGCAUUACUACAAUGUGACCAACGUAACGCUAAUUUCGGAGGAAAUCAGUCCGAACACUACGGGCGAUGGAUCGGCAGGACUGUGGGGACCUUAUUAUUGCGGAAAAACACCGGAGCAUAAGAUUGUCAAAUGGUCCUCCGAUACACACGCAUUUUUCCAUCAGCUGUGGAAGAAUGGCCUCGCAUCUCGGAUCGGUAUCAGUCUGCAACCGUGCUUCCGGCUCACAACGGAUCCCAAAGGUUACCCGGAACCCACCUGGAAGGACAAUGUGUUCGGUUGCACAAAAAUCUCACAAGCCGAACUCAAGCGAAUCAGCCAGGAACACGGUCGACAAUAUACCGGCGGGUACCAGUUUGCAACGUUCACUUGCGAGCCCGCUGGGUUGUUGCCCUAUCUGUUCAAUCGAUUUCUCGCUGUGGGUGGGAAAUUUGUUCAAUCGAAAGUGGACAGCAUUGAAGGUAUGCUAAAGGGCCGAAAGGCGGAUCUGAUCGUGAAUUGCACGGGAUUAGGAUCGUUGGCACUGUUCGGCGAUAAUGAGGUGCUUCCAAUUCGGGGUCAAGUAGCGAGGGUUUGUGCACCUUGGGUGUUCGAAAUCAUUUUGGAUGAUAGUGACGAUGGCAAUUACGUGAUUCCAAACACUGAAACGGUAAUACUCGGAGGAACCCAUCAGAUGAAUGACUUCAAUCGAAAUGUCAAUGCGAAGGACAGUAAGUUCAUUUUCGACGGGUGCGAGAGGAUGCUACCCAGUUUAAAGAAUGCUCCCAAAGUGAAGGAAUGGGUGGGGCUACGACCAGGUCGAAGCACCGUCCGGCUCGAGCUGGAACAUUGCGAAGCUGGUAAACAAACAGUUCCAAUUAUUCACAAUUAUGGCCAUGGAGGGUGUGGCGUAACGCUUUGCUGGGGAUGUGGUUCAGAGGUGCUGCAACUAAGUAAAUCUUUGGAUUUAACUAGGAGUGCUAUAAGUAAACUUUAAGGCAAGCGGAAAAGUUCGGAUCGAUUGACGAACAAACAGCAAUAAGUGGAAUACGUUUAUCGUUAAUGAAUGAAAUCUUAAAUUAGACAAUAAUAAUUUGCAUGAUACAAAUAGACAAUAAAAAUGUGCAUAAAUAUUGUAUA